AUGCAGAAAGUGUGUGAGAUGGUUUGCAGUGGUGAAAUACUAGCUACAGUCAUCCAUCUACUCAAUGUGUACAGUGACAACAUUGACCUUGGACAGGACAUGGGCUGUGCCUUCAGCAAGACUGCAUUCUCAAGCCCUCUCCUUUGCAACAAAGUGCACAAUCAGAACCUCAAGAUAUGCGUCAAUGGCCUCAAUCUCCAUUUCCAGCAGUGGGAUGAGGACAGAUAUGCCAAACUCAGCACUCCAGAUCAUCACCAAAUUCCAGAGGGUAUCCGGCAGUUUAGAACACUCAUGGAAGAUAUACACAACCUUUGCCAACGACCUCUGUUGGACAUCAGGUGGAUAUGUGAUACACAUCACAGGACUCAGGAUUGGGUGGCCAUCCAGGUGUACAUGAGAGUAGGACAGGAACCUUGCAACAAGGUCAAAGCCAACAGAUACUCAGUGUUCAUCAAAGAUGAGUAUGCAACAUGUGUUUCCAAUAGUAAUGGUGACAGCCUGGCACACUCUGUUGCUGGAGGAGAAGGUGGCUUGGACCAAAUGCUCUCAACAAAGCCAAGAAGAGGCUCGCCGCAAAGCCAGCCAAAUGAACAAGCCAAGCAAGCAAUUCAUGUUGCUGAAAUCACCCAAAACACAAGCUGCAACAUGCUAUACCUGGUCACUCAUGACAAGGUGACCCUGGAGGAGAUGACUAUGCAUCUGGAUGUCUAUGUCACAGGAAAAAUACUACAAACCCGUGGUAUCCUGCUGGAGAAAUUCCCGUGCUGGAUAGAGUGGGCUAACUACAACAAGUUGGUCCUCAACUAUGGGGUUGAGCUCCACAGAUUCCCAGGGGGCAUCAUCAAGAACCCCAACAACAUUACCACCUGCACCCUCCUGAGCAAAAUAGAGGCGACCCUCAGGGAGGACUUAGAGAAAAAUUUCCAGAUCAAUCAUGUGACUGGCUUCCAGGUCCAGACAUUAUCCCAAAUGAAUACUGGAAACCUCUGGAAUUGCUUGGACCACUUAUUAAAUGUCCUUUCCAGUGACAGUCAGCUUGUAGGUGCUGUUAUUGUCUUGGUACUGCAUGGUGAUAUAUGCAUCAGAGCAGUGUUUGGUUUCAGAGAUCAAGCAGCUGGCAAGAUUCUCAGAGGCAAUGGUUUAAGUGCUACUUUCACUGAGGGCUUUGAAAACAGCAUGAUCUCAACACCAAAAGCUACCAGUGCCAUGCUUAGAGCUGGUACAACACUCCCUAAGCCUACAGCUGACACCAACAAUACCCACAAUAACAAGACCACCACCAAUGCAAACAUCAACACCAACAAUCCAGAGCUCAUCAGCAUUGUCACAAAUGUCAGCUGGACACAAUGCACAAACAUGUUGACCACAUUCCAUGCAUUUUGUGAGGUUGGUGGUCUCCCUACCACAUGGUUGAAACUCAAGGUCAACUUCAAUGUUGCCUCCUGCCUUUGCAUUGCCCCAAACAUCUGGAAGAUCAAAAAGUUUGCAAGUGACAACUAUUUGCAGUGGUACAAGUACCACAUCCUUGAUUACCACAAAGGCAAACCAUCUGGAGGCUUAACUCAGUCCACUCUACCUCCCUCUCCACCAGUUAUAACUCAGGCAGCUAUUCCCAGGCCUGCAAGCAACUCAACAUCUGCUCCUGCUGAAGCUCCUCCAAACACUCCAAUGCAUGCUUCAGCUGAAGCUCCCAUGAAAUUUUCAAGCCUUGGCUCCACUGAAGUACCCACAAACAUGAAAGCUCCUGCAUGUAUAGAGCACAUGAAUAUUUGUAUAGACAACAAUGAGGACGAUGAAGGUGACUCUGCAAUGCAGCCUACUACAUCUAUCAAAACACCAUUCACAGCUGCUUCUGGUGAAUUCCUCCAAGUAUCAACAGUGCUGUACCUCUUGCAACCAACUCCAGCCUGCCUGCAGCUGCUAGCUGACUGCCAAGAAGUGGGGCUGCCAGACAAAGCCAAUCAACAAAUCCAAGGCUAUGAGCGGGUGGUUAUAUUGCCAGUUCCUCUUGUAGAGAAGGACCAGAACCUCACAAAGCCCAUGAUCAAAGUAGUCUGGAACAAGCUCUUGUAG